GGUUUAUCAACGGCUUGGGGCAGCGAUAUACUAAACAAAUUUAAUAUUAAAAGCAACUGUGUGACAAUUCCUCCAAGCAAGAUUUUAGAAUUGAAUGUCUAAAGUCUUGCUGUGGUUGCUGAAGGGAUUGGAUAUAAGGACCUGGACUCCAACAUGAAGAAGCUAGGGAGAAUUCAUCCAAACAGGCAAGUGUUGGCCUUUAUUUUGAUGGUGUUCUUGUCUCAGGUUCGCCUCGAGCCUAUUCGUUAUUCUGUAUUGGAGGAAACAGAGAGCGGCUCCUUUGUAGCUCAUCUGACCAAGGAUCUGGGCCUGGGAAUUGGGGAACUGGCCGCCUGGUCAGCUGGGGUGGUGUCUGAUGAUGACAAGCAGCGUUUGCAGCUGGAUCGUCAGACUGGAGAUUUGCUUCUGAGGGAGAAACUAGACCGGGAAGAGCUCUGUGGUCCUAUUGAACCGUGUGUACUGCAUUUCCAAGUGUUUCUGGAAAUGCCCAUGCAAUUUUUUCAAGGAGAAUUAUUGAUCCAGGACAUAAAUGAUCACUCUCCAGUAUUCCCCGAAAGGGAAGUGCUCUUGAAAAUACCAGAAAAUAGCCAGCCGGGGACUCUAUUUCCGUUGCUAAUAGCUGAGGAUUUGGAUGUGGGCAACAAUGGUCUCCAAAAAUACACAAUCAGCCCCAAUUCUCAUUUUCACAUUCUCACUCGAAAUCAUAGUGAGGGCAAGAAAUACCCAGAUUUGGUGCAGGACAAACCACUGGAUCGAGAGGAGCAACCUGAGUUCAGCUUAACCCUCGUGGCGCUGGAUGGUGGGUCUCCACCUAGGUCUGGCACUGUCAUGGUUCGAAUCCUGAUCAUGGACAUCAAUGACAAUGCUCCUGAGUUUGUGCACACUCCAUAUGGGGUGCAGGUCCUGGAAAACAGCCCCCUAGACUCUCCAAUUGUUAGGGUCUUAGCUAGAGAUGUAGAUGCUGGAAACUUCGGGAGUGUUUCUUAUGGUUUAUUCCAAGCAUCAGAUGAAAUUAGACAAACUUUCUCAAUAAAUGAAGUCACGGGAGAAAUACAACUGAAAAAAAAAUUGGAUUUCGAAAAAAAUAAAUCUUACCAUGUAGAAAUUGAGGCCACAGAUGGAGGAGGCCUUUCUGGGAAAGGCACUGUAGUCAUAGAAGUGGUGGAUGUGAAUGACAAUCCCCCAGAACUUAUCAUAUCUUCACUCACCAGCUCCAUCCCAGAAAAUGCUCCUGAGACAGUAGUCUCUAUCUUCCGAAUUCGAGAUAGAGAUUCCGGAGAAAAUGGAAAGACGAUUUGCUCCAUUCCAGAUAAUCUGCCGUUUGUUCUAAAACCAACUUUGAAGAACUUUUACACCCUGGUAACAGGGAGACCACUGGACAGAGAGACCAGAGCCGAGUACAACAUCACCAUCACCGUCACUGAUCUGGGGACACCCAGGCUGAAAACCCAGCAGAGCAUAACCGUGCAGGUCUCCGACGUCAAUGACAACGCCCCCACCUUCACCCAAACCUCCUACACCCUGUUUGUCCGCGAGAACAACAGCCCCGCCCUGCACAUCGGCAGCGUCAGCGCCACAGACAGAGACUCAGGUACCAACGCCCAAGUCACAUACUUGCUGCUGCCGCCCCAGGACCCGCACCUGCCCCUCGCCUCCUUGGUCUCCAUCAACGCAGACAACGGCCACCUGUUCGCCCUCAGGUCGCUGGACUACGAGGCCCUGCAGGAGUUCGAGUUCCGCGUGGGCGCCACAGACCGCGGCUCCCCGGCGCUGAGCAGCGAGGCGCUGGUGCGCGUGCUGGUGCUGGGCGCCAACGACAACUCGCCCUUCGUGUUGCACCCGCUGCAGAAGGGCUCCGCGCCCUGCACCGAGCUGGUGCCCCGGCCGGCCGAGCCGGGCUACCUGGUGACCAAGGUGGUGGCGGUGGACGGUGACUCGGGUCAGAACGCCUGGCUGUCGUACCAGCUGCUCAAGGCCACGGAGCCCGGGCUGUUCGGCGUGUGGGCGCACAAUGGCGAGGUGCGCACCUCCAGGUUGCUGAGCGAGCGCGAUGCAGCCAAGCACAGGCUAGUGGUGCUGGUGAAGGACAAUGGCGAGCCUCUGCGCUCGGCCACCGCCACGCUACACUUGCUCCUGGUGGACGGCUUCUCCCAGCCCUACCUGCCUCUCCCCGAGGCGGCCCCGGCCCAGGCCCGGGCCGACUCGCUCACCAUCUACCUGGUGGUGGCGUUGGCCUCGGUGUCGUCGCUCUUCCUCUUGUCGGUGCUCCUGUUCGUGGCGGUGCGGCUGUGCAGGGGGAGCAGGGCGGCCUCGGUGGUGGGUCGCUGCUCGGUGCCCGAGGGCCCUUUUCCAGGGCAUCAGGUGGGAGUGAGCGGCACCGAGACCCUGUCCCAGAGCUACCAGUACGAGGUGUGUCUGACAGGAGACUCUGGGACUGGUGAGUUCAAGUUCCUGAAGCCAAUAUUUCCUAAUCUCUUGGUUCAGGACACCGGGAGGGAAGUUAAGGAAAACCCCAACUUCAGGAAUAGCUUUGUGUUCAGUUAAGUGUUGUAUUUAGUUUAGUGAACCGUUGAUUAGUUUUGUCAAACUUCCCAUUGCAAUGCCUUUAUUUUAAAAAAUUGUCUACUUAUCUAAAUAUUCAUACCACAAUUUCAAAUCUACGCAUGUCCCUGAUAGAGCUAAAUUUGUCCCUUUUUUAUUGCUAUUAAUUGCACUUAACAUUUUUAGUUAUACUGGAUAUUUAGCAUGGGUUUUCUCUAUAUUUGAUCUAUUGGUGGUUAAUCUUUCUGUAACCAUAAAUUACUCAAUUAGGAUAAAAAUAAAUUAUAUUUUAAUGAAAUCCUUAAAUUAACAUCUUUUUAAUGGAACAUUUAAGUGAAUAUAUGAACUCUUGAAUUUCUCAAUAUUUGUUGUGCCUGUCUU